UCAAUUAGAAAAAUUUUUCAUUAACAAUUAAUAGUUGGCGAUUUAAUUGUUUCUCUUUUAUCAAUUUUUGUUUAUCUUAAUUGUUUGCAACUGUUGAUUCAACAUGUCCACCAAAAGAGGAGGAUUAGCUUCUUAUAAAAUUGUCAAAUUAUAUCUCAUUUUAUAUAAUGUAGCUCAAUUUAUUGGAUGGGGUAUGGUUCUAUAUGGUUUAGUCAAUGGUGUUACCAAUGGAUCAUCAAAUAAGAAAUUGUAUCAGGAAGUAAGAUUACCCUUACUUUUUUUCCAAACUUUACAAUUGAUUGAAGUUAUUCACGCGGCAAUUAAAUUGGUACCAUCAUCACCGGUUACUACUUUUCUUCAAAUUAUCUCAAGGAUUGUUGUCUGUUGGUGUAUUGUUGAACCAAUUCCUCAAACUCGAUCAAGUAUCGGUUUGAAACUUAUCCUUGGUGCUUGGGGUCUCGCUGAGACAACAAGGUAUCUCUAUUAUGCUCUUAACAUAAUCUCCUUGGUUCCAGGUAUUCUUACCUGGUGUCGAUACUCAUUUUUCCUUGUUCUCUAUCCCACCGGCGUUUCUGGUGAACUUUUACUCAUGUAUGCUGCUCUUCCAUACAUCAAGAAACAAGAAUUACUCUUCUACAAACUGCCCAAUCCAUUGAACAUCUCAUUUUAUUCUGAUUACGCUGUCAUGGCUUUCAUGGCUUCUUACAUUCCAUUUUUCCCUAAACUUUAUUUCUACAUGGUUGCUCAGAGAAACAAGACCCUGUCAAAAUCAUCAUCAUCAAAAAAAUCCAACUAAUUGUUUGUCCAAAUUGUCAUCUUUUCUUUUCCUCUUUCUGUUAAUCAUCUCUCAAAUUUUCUAUCCUGGUAAUACAAUUGUUUUCUCCCUUCCAAUGUCAUCGGGUAUCAAUUUACAAAUCACCAAACAAUUACCAAGAGAAAAACAAAACAACAACACUGGAAAUCAAAGUCACAAAACAGGGAAACAAUUAGAGGAUAUCAACUAUCAAUUGCAUUUAAUUGGAAAAGCAGAUUUGGUGUUUUCUUAAUUCUCAAAGUUCAACCACAAUGGGAAACCAUAAAAGAUUCAUGACAAUUGUUCAAUCAACUAUCUUAAAUUGUGACUGGUUAACACAAUUAAAGUGGCAAACAUGAAAUGUUUGCGGGGUUUCAAGUGGUAUUCAUACUUAUUAUGUAACAAUUAUAAAUAUUUAGAUUAGAAAAACAUUAUGAAAGGAAGAGUUGGUGUUUAAAUCUCUAUUUAAAUUUGAAUAAAAUUGAUUUUCUUAUUA